AUAUGCAUUGUAUAUACGUGUCAUAUUAAAAAUAUAAAGUCAGGAUUUAAAAAACUUAACUUACAAUGCAUACUGUCUUAACCAGAGGAAAUGCCACAAUUGCUUACACAUUAUCCGUUUUAGCCUGUUUAACAUUUUGCUGUUUCAUUUCAACAGUAUUUUUGGACUACAGAGUAAAAUCUAAUAUUAAUACUGCUAAGAUCUUAGUGAAAAAUGUUCCAGAUUAUGGUGCCUUAAGAGAAAAGCACGACUUGGGUUUUAUCACCUUUGAUUUGGAAACUAACUUAACAAGUUUGUUCAACUGGAAUGUAAAGCAGUUGUUCCUAUUCAUUACAGCAGAAUACAGCACUACAGAUAAUGUAUUAAAUCAAGUUGUUUUAUGGGAUAAAAUCGUACGUAGAGGUGAAAAUGCUAUAUUAGACUUCAAAAAUAUGAACACAAAAUAUUACUUCUGGGACGAUGGAAAUGGCUUGAGGAAUAACAAAAACGUAACUCUGUAUUUAUCAUGGAAUAUAAUACCAAAUGCCGGAGUUUUACCAACAGUGAUGUCAUUAGAUUCACACCAGUUCAAAUUCCCAUCGGAGUAUGCAUCUGCAUUAAUAUAAUUUGAUCAUAUUUUUUAAUAUUGCAUAAAACGUAUAAAAUCCCGUCUUUCGAAAAAUAUGUUUACAAAUUUAGUUAUUUAUUACUACAAUCAUUCUAUGCAAUUACAAAUAAAACUGAAUUUAAAAAAUAUAUCAUAAA